ACGUCACUGUUAGCUCGAGUUAGCUCCACGUUCUUUCUUCAGAAAACGUCACAGACUUUGGUUCACUGUCUGAGACCAUCACCCUUCCACCAUGGGGAAGUCGUUUGCCAAUUUCAUGUGCAAGAAAGAUUUCCACCCUGCGUCGAAGUCAAAUAUCAAGAAGGUAUGGAUAGCAGAGCAGAAAAUAACUUUUGACCAGAAAAAGCAAGAAGAUCUUAUGCAGGCGUACCUGAAAGAGCAGGAUGUGUACGACAACAGGGUGUUGAUGGGGGAUGAUCGUGUUAAAAAUGGCCUGAAUUUCAUGUAUGAAGCUCCACCUGGAGCAUCCAAAGAGGAAACGAAAGAGGACGGAGAACAAGAGUAUAAAUUUGAGUGGCAGAAGGGCGCUCCUCGAGAGAAAUAUGCAAAGGAUGACAUGACCAUUAGAGAUCAGCCGUUUGGAAUCCAGGUGCGCAACGUGAGAUGCAUCAAAUGUCACAAGUGGGGCCACGUGAACACAGACAGAGAGUGUCCUCUGUAUGGCCUGUCUGGUAUCAGCGCCACCUCUGUGGUCACAGAGGAGGUAGCAGGUCCGUCGAUGCACCCCUCAGAGUUAAUGGCGGAGAUGCGAAACAGUGGGUUUGCCCUGAAAAAAUGUGUCCUUGAUAGGAAUGCCACGUUUUGCGAUCCAUCACAGGAAUAUGUUGCCAGUGAUGAAGAGGAUGAUCCUGAGGUGGAAUUUCUAAAGUCAUUAACGUCCAAGGAAAAACAGAAGCUCCUCAGAAAACUUGAUCGUCUGGAUGAGAAGAAAAAGAAAAAGAAGAGCAAAAAGCAGAAGAAGAAAAGCAAAAGAAAACAAAAGAAGAAGCAUGAAAGUAGCAGCGACUUCUCCUCCAGCAGCAGCAGCAGCAAUGAUAGUGGCUCAGAUUCAGACGACCAUGGCAAGUCCAAGAGCAAAAAGCGAAAGAAGAACAAGAAAAAAGAUUCCUGUCGGGAUAAGAGCUCCAAGAAUGAGCAACAAGUCAAGAGUGAGAGAAAGGCAUCCUCCCCUCACAGGAGCAGGUCACGGAGCCCUCACGCCGGACAGCCAAGGCCUGAAGAGGAGCCACAGAAUUACAGACAAACGCGAACAGAGAGGGGAAGGAGUAGGAGUCGAGAUCGCAGCCCGGAGAACAAGAUCAAGUCGGAGGGAGGUCAAGAGAGACAGAGGCGCACCAGCAGGGACAGGCAGAGGCCCGGCAGCUCCAAGGCUGGUUGGGAGGAAAGCCGGAGCCGCGACAGAGGCAGGGAGGAGAGAGGUUCAGACAGGCGUCGCAGCGGAGAUGGAGAGAGGAACAGAAGUGGCACAGAUGGAAGGAGAGGUAGAACAGCAGAUGGGAGGAGCAGGAGCAGGGAAGGAGGUAGAGAAAGGGGGGGCAGAGGAAGGAGUAGAAGUGGGAGCAGGGAGAGAAAAGAGAGGAGCCAAGACCGAGAGAAAAGAAAGCGCUGACUGUUGUUUUGAAAUGACUUUUCUUUUCCCCAAAACAAUUGCAAUGACCAUGUGAUGUGAAAGAAUUUAGAUUUUUUUUAUUUUUUUUAUCACUUUAGUCGUAGUGAGAUGUGAUGUAAAAGAAGUUCUUCAGGUUAUCAAACAGAGUCACUCCAUUUAAACUCGAAUUGCAGAUAUUGUGCACGAGUCUCGGUUUCCUCCAGUAGAGGGAAGCAGUUGACAGUAAAUAUGUGGAUGCAGCUCAUCGCCUCUGUGUUGUCUAGCGCCUUAUGAAAGGGUCUAAAUUAAUUGAUAACCAUUUGAAGCAAUUUGCAGCCGUGAUCUGUUGAUGGGAAAAUGUUGGACUCGUUUUCAUGGUCAGUUGGCCACGAGACGGACUAGUUCUGUUGCUGCAGUUUUAUUAAUUCUCACUUCGUUGUGUCUUUUUUUGGUGGGGAAUUAUCGACACUGUAAAAAUGACUGAAAACCCUUUUAUUUUUUAUUUUGUGAUUAAAUGUGUAAUCCUCA